UUUAUAGUUAAAUGGUGCACUGUGCAUAAGAUGUUUAUUUGUUUUUGUAGUGUCAUAUUUGCAUCAGGCUUGUGAGCCUAAUUGCACAACCGAACUCUCCAAAAUUAUCGCCGUCGACCUUCAUUGAUUCCUUUGUAUAUUUCUAUUGUCUUGUACGUGCUGCGAUUCCAAUGACGUUCCUUCGAGGUUUUCCAUUGCUUCAAGACCUUUGACGCAGCAGUACAUCUAAAUGUUUUCCGUUAUGACAUUGGAGAAACAGCUUUGCCUUUUCACUGUAUGGCUUUUUACAACAGUUUUACUCACCUGUGUCCAGUUGACCAAAGCAGAGCAUUGCUGCACCUUUGACGAUGGAUUGUGCACUGGCUGGUCACAAAAUUAUUACCACGAUGACUUUAACUGGACUAAUAAUUUCGGACCGACACUCUCAAUCGAUACGGGGCCAUCUUUUGAUCAUGGCAUACACGGAAGCUACAUGUAUAUCGAAACGUCAGCACCUCGACAAUAUGGGGAAAAUGCCAAACUGGAAUUUUCAGUGUCCAGCUCUGACAUUGGGAAGUUGUCCUGCCUGAAGUUUUAUUAUCACAUGUAUGGGGAAACAAUAAACACAAUCAAUGUCUACAACGGAAAUAACAAAACGUUCAAUCAAUCAGGAAAUCAGGGCGAUGUAUGGGUGAAAGCGAACAUCACAAUGAUUUUGGAAAACAAAGUUACGUUCGAAGGGAUUACGGGAAAUUCCUUCACAGGCGACAUUGCAAUUGACGACGUGUCCAUUGUCGAUGGUAUCUGUCAAGAGUGUACAGAAAAAGUGAACCAAUCAUUUGGGAGAUUGGAUAUCAGCUACACAAGUAAAUUUGACCCAUACUGUAAUUGGAUACUAGAGGAUGCUGGGAUAUUGCAGGCAGUUGCCAUAGUUUCGAUCCACCAAAUGAACUUACGUGAGAACAGCAGUGAAUACGUAAAAAUGUUUGACGGAAAUGGGACCGAGAUAUUUGCUCUAUAUGGAGGGAGUUUCAUGUCCAAGAAUUUCCAGCAUGUCUCGUUUGGAGAAUCCAAAAAUAUCACCAUACAAGUCUCUAUUAUCGACAGCUGGAGCUCUGUCAAGAUUGAUUACGGCACAAUGAAGCAACCUCUCGAUUCAGCUUCCAUUCUGGCUGACUGGAAUGUAACUGUCGUAAACAAAACAGCAAGCAGUAUCGCAGUAAGUUGGAGCAGCCCAGCCAGUCUUCUCAAUGGUGGAAUUCGAUUUUAUUUUGCCCUUGCCAGAAAGAUUAACAGCAGUAGCGAGUCAAUUAGCGAAAUGGCGGCUGGAAAUGUGACGGCAUUGGAGAUCAGGGACCUUGAAGGGUCCAGAGAGUAUGAAGUUGCUGUUGUAGCCGUGAAUGUCGAUGGGACACCGUUUGAAAGUGCAGAGGUCGUGGCUAAUACCGACGAAGGAGUUCCUGGUAGAGCGCCAAGUGAUGUUAGAGUGACAAGCCUUGAGUUUACAUCCGACCUUCUGGUGGAGUGGAACCCUCUACCCCCGCAAUACGCCAAUGGUAUCCUCCUAGGGUACAUAAUCUACUUUAGAGAAAACCAAGAUGAUUCUUCAUUUAAAAGCGCCUAUGCUCUUGGUCUUUCCGCUACAAAUUUUACUUUAAAGGGACUGAAACCAGCUCACCAAUACCAAGUUGCAGUGACCGCUUUUACUUUCAAAGGAGAAGGACCUUGGUCAGAUUUCAGUUACGUUACCACAGGCUGCUUCGUCUCUUUCAAUGCGACCUUUGGCCAAAUAGCGUUAAAAUCUACGAGUAACGAUCUUAUCCGAUGUAACUGGACAAUACACAGUGCUGGUAUCCCUGCAGCCGUCGCUUUCAUCGCCGUUCAAGAAAUAAAUCUUGACGAUUGCAGUGAAUUUGUCAAGAUUAUUGAUGGAAAUGGCACUGGACUUCUCUAUCACCCUGGGUGUGUGCCAUUUUCUCGAGAGGUUCUAGCACAUGUCUCUUUUGGUCUUUCAAAUAUCAUCUCCAUCCAAGCAUAUACAGAAACACCAGGCAACACAAUCAUGAUGAAGUUCGCUAUUUUAAAAAGGGGUCGAGAGUCAGCCAUACCGGUUUCGGGAUGGAAUGUUUCAAUCUUCCACCACAGUCCCACCAGACUUACCCUUCAAUGGAUGAGCCUCGAUACAGUCGUUAAUCAUCACGCAAAGUUUUACGUAGUUGAAGUAAAGAGUAUGCAGGGCACCAUAUUGACCGCAGAAACUGUUUCCGAAAACGCUACAAGUGCAGUUAUUAAAGGACUGUGGCCCUCUACAAUGUACGUUGUGAGUGUAUUUGGCGUUGACAGCACUGGACAACCAUACAAGAGUUUAGAAAGCGUUACUACUACUAAGGAAGUUUCUUGCGGCUUCCGACCAAGCGCGACUCGAAUUGUGGGUGGUACAGUUGCACCUGUCAACAGCUGGCCAUGGCAGGUGAUGUUGACAGACGAGUUUGGACGUCAGUUUUGUGGUGGUUCAAUAGUGGAUCGUUAUUGGGUGGUGACAGCAUCUCAUUGUUUGGUUGGACUAACGCCGUCUGGUGUUAAGAUAAGACUAGGGGCCCACUACAGAACAAAUGGUAGUGUUGGAACAGAGCAAGACAUCGAUGUUGCAGAAAUCAAAAUGCAUGAGAAUUACUACACUCCUCUUCGAGAAAGCAAUGACAUUGCGCUGCUUAAACUCGUUAGUCCUGCUGAACUUGAUGAAGGAGUUGGUCUAGUUUGUUUGCCAGAUACCGACCAUGACCUUCCUUUUGACAACCUUGACAAAAAAUGCUGGACAACUGGUUGGGGAGCUUUAUAUUCUGGAGGCCCCUCACCAAAUACACUGAUGCAAGCAUCUGUGCCACUGGUGUCAAAAGAACGUUGCGAUAGUGCCUAUCCUGAUGCAAUCGACGAUUCCAUGCUCUGUGCUGGUCUAGAUGAAGGAACUAUUGAUGCCUGCCAAGGUGAUAGUGGUGGGCCCCUGGUGUGCGAGUUUGAUGGUACGUGGUAUCUCGAGGGAGUCACCAGCUGGGGUGAAGGAUGUGCCCUUCCGAAUAAGUAUGGGGUAUACGCCAAAGUGCGAAACUUUAUAUCGUGGUUAUCAACAAACAUGAACGCUCCUCCCACUGAAUCAGCACAGAACCAUUCAUCUUCUGCAUUAGGUACGAAUAUUUAUUUUCUAAUAAUUAUAAUCAUCCAAGUGUUUAUAUAAAAUGUAAUAAGGCAAACAAAAACCAAAAUACUACCCGGCUUCUUCAUUUGAAUGAUUUAUUUGUCUUACUACGCCGGUAAGAGAAUUUUGACUGCUUGAAAUAUAAAGAAAGGGAGAUCGACAAAAGCGUAAUUGAAGGGCAUCUCUUUCAAGGUAAAAAUCAAAUAUACCACACAACGGCCUUGGAAUGGUUGUUUCUGGAUCACUCCCAUGUCAGAUAUUAUUUUAUAAAAUAGAGAGGUUAAGCAUGACGAUAACAGCAGACGGCAAACGGCAAAGAUAACUUCUGAUUUUGAGUUAUUUUCUUCUAAUCCAUAAACAAAGCACACAAAAGUGGAAUAACGUCUCCUACUAUUCAUUGCAAAUACAAAUAAUUUCACUCUACUGUACAAACAGCUGAAGAGAGACGGCAAAAG